AUGAGUCCCAUGGAGAUUGAUCCGUCUUCCUCGUCUCCGAACUCUGGCAUCGACAUCCCGAAGACGGUGGGCGACUUCAAGCUGGUGGUCGAGGACAGCCUCGAGUUUGCGCCAGAGAUCCAGAUCGCCAAGUGGCAGUCGGAGAGCACCGGGUUGAAGGUUGUCUGGGCGUCGAACGAGAGUCCGCUGGUGCAAGGAUACGCGAGCAUCGUCUCGGAAAUCUUCGAUGAUUCGGGCCGACCGCACACGCUCGAGCACCUCAUCUUCCUGGGCAGCGAGAAGUACCCUUACAAGGGCAUCCUCGACACCAUCGCGAACCGAAGCUUUGCGGCCGGUACGAAUGCGUGGACGGCAACCACCGACACGACGUACACAGUCGCAACCGCUGGCGAAGAAGGCUUCCUCAGCAUCCUGCCUGUCUACUUCGACCACAUCCUCUACCCUACCAUCACCGAUGCUGGCUUCGUCACCGAAGUGUAUCACAUCAACGGCAAGGGCGAGGACGGCGGAGUUGUCUUCUCCGAGAUGAGCGGGCGUGAGAACGGCAGUAGCGACCUGAUGCACCUUCGGCAACAACGUGCGCUGUACUCGAAGGAGAAUGCGCUGCGGAGCGAGACCGGCGGUUUAAUGGAGGCCUUGCGGCGGCUGAAGGUUGAAGAGAUCCGAGACUUCCACGCGCAGCGCUACGUCCCGCAGAACAUCACCUUGAUCGUGACCGGCCGCUCGCUCAACCCGACCAAUCUCCUCAACACGCUUACCGAAAAGGUCCUUCCCUCCAUCGUCGCUCACGGACAGGCGAAGGGUCGUAAGCCGGCUGGCUGGGUGCGACCCUUCGUCGAGUCGAGCACUGCAGCGAAUCCGCCCAAGCUGACGGAAGACCGAAUCGAGAUGGUCGAGUUCCCGGAGAAAACGGAGGACGUGGGCGAGCUGAUGCUUUCGUGGAUCGGUGUUCCGCACGAUGAUUUCCUGAACGACCUCGCUCUCGAGGUGAUCGGUCUCUACCUCACCGACUCUGCCGUUUCGCCGCUGUCGAAGAAGUUCAUCGAGGUUGACGAGCCGUCCUGCACCGACAUCACCUUCUACGCCUCGAGCGACAACCCUUCGAUUAUCACCUCCUACCUCUCUUCCGUUCCUGUUGCCGAACUCGAAACGCUUCCCGGCCGCUUCCGCAAGGCGCUCGCUCGUGCUGUCGAUGACAUCGACAUGGAUCGCAUGAAGACCGUUCUCGAGCGCCAGAAGCUCCAGGUGCUCGAGUCGAUGGAGACGGAUGCGUCCGACACUAUCACGAAUGUCGUCGUCUCCGACGGUAUCUGGGGACGCGCAGACGGCUCAGACCUCAAGUCGUCGCUCAAGGUCAACACGCUCUACAAGGUCCUGGACGGCUGGUCCGCCGAGGAGUGGGGCGCAGUGCUCAAAAAGUUCAUGGUCGGCGCUCCGGCUCUCACCAUCAUUGGCAAGCCUUCCGCCGCACUCGCUGAUAAGAUUAAGGCCGACGCCAAGGCCAUCAUCGAGGCGAACAAGGCCAAGUUCGGCGAGAAGGGUCUCGCAGAGCUGCAGAAGAAGAUCGAGGAGGCGCAGGCCGAGAACGACAAGCCUGUUCCGCCCGAAAUCAUCCGCCAGUUCCCCGUCCCCGACGUUAACGGCAUCGAGUGGAUCAAGGUCGAGUCGGCGCGGUCUGGCGGUGUCGCUUCUGCCGCAGACAAGCCGAAGAACCGAGUGCAGGAGCACGUCGACGCAGAUGGUGCUCAGCUCCCGCUCUUCGUGCAGUACGACCACAUCAACUCGGCCUUCAUACAGAUUGGCAUCGUUCUCUUCCCCCAAAAUGUGCCCGGCUUCGAUCCCGCCGAGCUUCGUGCGCUUCUCCCCGUCUACCUCGACUCGUUCUUCACCCUCCCUGUCACUCGCGCCGACGGUACCAAGCUCGACUUUGAGGAAGUCGUCAAGCAGCUCGACGCCGAGACGCUCUCGUAUUCGAUCAACAUCAACUCGCCUCUCCAAGAAGCCGUUACGCUUCGCCUGAAGGUCUCGAAGGACAAGUACACGACCGCCAUCGCCUGGUUGAGCGAUCUGCUCUACAACUCGUCCUUCUCCACCGAACGCCUUAAGAUCUCGGCGACCAAGGCUCUGCAAGCCAUUCCUUCCGAGAAGCGGGACGGUUCCGAGGUCUCCUAUGCCGCGUACCGCAAGAUGAUUAGCGAGGAGGUCUCGACCAACGUCGCGCUCAACUUGCUCAACCGCGAGCAGUUCCUUCCCGCCUUCCUCGAGAGGCUCAAGGCGGAGCCUGACGCGGUUAUCAAGCAGUUCGAGGCUUUCCGACAGGGCUUGACGGACCCCCGAGCGAUCCGCGUCCAGGUGAAGGGCGAUAUCCUGAGCCUGCCGAAGCCAUCGUCCGCCUGGCUCGAGCACUUCAAGCCGAUCCAGCCUUUCCCCAAGGAGCAGCUCGCCCCCGUCAAGCUCAGCAAGGAGGUGAUGGGCCCGCUCGGCAGGCAGCCAGCAAAGAAGGUCGUGCUGUUCGGCGUCUCGAGCAUCGAGAGCUGCUUCGCCUACCACGUCGCGAAGGGACCCGACUCGUGGACACAUCCCGACCAGCCGGCACUCACCGUCGCCCGGGCCGUCCUGAACGCGAUGGAGUCGUUCAUCUGGAAGUUCAUUCGCGGCGCAGGACUCGCGUACGGCGCGAGCAUCAGCCAGGACCUCGAGAGCGGGUUGAUCUACUACCGAGUCUACAAGUCGCCCGACUCGCACGCCGCCUUCGUCGCCGCCCGCGACCUCAUCGACCAGCUCGUCUCCGGCAAGCUCGAGAUUGAUGACCUCACCAUCGAGUCGGCGAAGAGUUCGCUCGCCUACAACACCGCCUCGAAGGAGUCGACGAUCAAUGCUGCAGCAAACGCGUCUUUCACCAAUAUGCUCCUCGGUCUGCCACCCAAUUACGGCCGCAUCGCCCUUGCGGCAACCAAGGACAUCACGGCGGACGACAUUCUGCGAGUCAUCAAGAAAUGGAUCGCGCCGAUCUUUGCCGCCAACUCUUCGAUCGCCAGUAUCGCCUCAGGACUGGCCAAGAUGGACGAGCUAGCGACGAACUUCGAGAAGCUUGGCUACGAGGUCGAGCGGCGGACAUUCGAGGAUACGGGCGAUGAGUCGGGCAGCGAGAGUGGCAGCUACACGGGUAGCGAGUCGGGCAGCGACGACGAGUCUGAGUAG